AUGACGGCAGGGGUGGAUGAAGUAGAGAAGGCGACCCAGUUCGUUCUAAGCAGUCUCAGUGAUAACGGCAAUGAAUUGAAUACAUUACAAAUAUCAAAGGAUCUCGGUAUCGAUCACCAAGCUGUUGUUGGCGCUGUUAAAAGUUUACUUACACAUGAUGGAGUCAUCUCUACUGUGGAUGCUUCUGAGAAGAGCGUGAAGUUAACCAGUGAGGGCAGCGAAAUGGCCACCAACGGGUCAGCUGAAUAUCGGGUGUUCCAGCAAAUAGGUGCAGAUGGAGCUUUACAAGCUGACAUAAUGAAAUUGCCAUUUGGGAAAGUGGGUGUGAACAAAGCGUUGGCUUCUGGUUGGAUAACCAUCGACAAAAGUGGUGGAACUGUUCGCUUGCUACGAAAGUGUGACGACGUAGUGGAUACCGUACGCGCUCAGCUCGACGCAUUGAAUUUAGGAAGAGAAGUUGAUGCUAAGGCUGUUGCCGAGCUGAAGAAAAGAAAACUCGUGUCAGAAGUGCUUACAAAGUAUCUUAUUGUAAGGAAGGGACCGAAUUUUACGACGAACAUUAGCAAACCUGAAGUAGACUUGACUCCGGAAAUGAUUGCCACUGGCUCUUGGAAAUCAAAAACCUUCAAGCAGUAUAACUUUGAUGCACUUGGUGUUCAGCCUCCGUGUGGACAUCUGCAUCCUUUGAUGAAGGUACGAUCAGAAUUCCGACAGAUUUUCUUCUCAAUGGGCUUCUCAGAAAUGCCAACAAAUCGUUAUGUGGAGAGCUCAUUCUGGAAUUUUGACGCACUUUUCCAACCUCAACAACACCCCGCGAGGGAUGCUCAUGACACGUUCUUCGUCUCAGAUCCUGCACUAAGUACCAAAUUUCCAAUGGAUUAUCUUGAACGCGUGAAAACCGUCCAUUCGAAAGGCGGAUACGGUUCUGCUGGAUAUAACUAUGACUGGAAGAUUGAGGAGGCUCAGAAAAAUGUACUGCGCACACACACGACCGCAGUAUCAGCGCGGCAGCUUUUCAAGCUUGCUCAAGAGGGAUUCAAACCAACCAAAAUGUUCUCAAUUGAUCGAGUAUUCCGGAAUGAGACACUGGAUGCCACUCACCUUGCUGAAUUCCACCAGGUCGAAGGUGUCAUUGCUGAACGCAACUUAUCUCUAGCUCAUCUAAUAGGAGUAUUUACUGAAUUCUUCAAGAAACUUGGUAUCGAAAAUCUUCGUUUCAAGCCGACUUACAAUCCGUACACGGAACCAUCUAUGGAAAUAUUUGCCUAUCAUAGUGGAUUAAAAAAAUGGGUUGAGAUUGGAAACUCCGGAAUGUUCCGACCGGAAAUGUUAUUACCAAUGGGUUUGCCCCCAGACGUAAAUGUUGCUGGAUACGGACUUUCACUGGAACGACCCACAAUGAUUCGAUACGGAAUCGACAACAUUAGGGAUAUGUUUGGGCCCAAAGUUGACCUUCAAAUGAUCUACAACGGGCCUAUUUGCCGGCUCGACAAGGUCAAAAGCUGA